AUCAGGCGUUGGCGAGCCUUAUAAAAGCUCUGUAGCCCGCGCUCACCUCAGCACUUCCAUCACCAUGAGGGCGAAAGAGGCAGCUCUCCUCCAGUGUCUUGUGGUGUCAGCAUGCCGCAGCCAGGACACUCCACCUGGCUCUUCUGGACCAACUGAGGGACCACAACCAACCGGACCACCUGGACCACCAACUGGAGGUCCUGAUCCGACAGGUCAACCAACUGGACCACCAGGCACACCAACUGGAGGUCCUGAACGAACUGGACCACCUGACACACCAAGUGGGGGUCCUGAACCAACAGGUCAACCCACUGGAGGUCCUCAACCAUCUGGAGGGCCCCAAACAACUGGUGGGCCACAGCCUACUGAAGGCCCACAGCCUACUGGUCCACCAAGGCCACCAGGACCGCCAUCUAGGGGUCUUUGGCGUUUCUGACUUCCUGUACACGUUUCUGCGAAACAUAAGAGAUU